AUGGUCGAUACUGCCUUUACUGUCUUCAUAGCAAAGGCUAUCCAUUACCAGAUUGGCUACACGCCCCAGAAGUUGAAAGCCUGCCACGAUCCUGUAGGUCUGGAAUUGCGACGACCUCCAGGCACGAAUGAGAGCUUUUUUGCUGCUGCUGGAAGGCUGAAUGAAACUGUCGCAAGCCCGACUCAGAUGUGCGUCGAAUUUGUGAAAGAGAUGCAAAUUGGGAUCGCAUGUUGCUUUUUCUGUGCCCUCCUGUCUUUUCUUGGUUACAUCUCAACCUUCGUUUCUGCUCGACAGAUGAGGAGGGACAAUGAGUCCAUCCUUGAUUUGAUGAAAGAGGUGUCCACUAUGGCUGUGCGAUCAGGACGUCGGUGCGUCGCAAAGACUGCAAUAGGCGCAGGGCAAAAGGUGGAAAUCAUGCUGUCGGAAGUCAAGAAUGGGUUCACAAAGAGUAAAGAUUUAGUAGAGCCGUAUCGGAAUAGUUACGGGACCCACACUCCACUGGCACAGUUCCUUGGGGUGUAUGAUAUGCUGGUAAUGGUCACCGAGCACCUGCACUACACCGACGUCAUCAGCCUAUCAACUGUUUCCAAGUCAGUUCGCCAAGCCGUCUUACCUUCAAACGAAAUCUCUCGUCGACUCGCCAUGUUCAGGCUGUACACGUGCGAGCCUGACAAGAAAACCAACUGCUGGAGCUGCACGAAUCAAAUCUGCGAAAGCUGUGAGGUGGAUUUUCCAGUACUGGAAUCGGUUGCAUCCCGUCACAUUGAAAACUGCAUUCCAUACUGCGCAUCCUGCUACCGUCAUCGCAAGAACAGACAUUUCUCGGGCGUUUAUUCAAAAGAGAUGACUACUACACCGAAUCAACAAGUUCUUUUCCGAUUGACAGACAAGUCUGUCGUAACUGUAGUCAGUUUACCAAAGAGGAGCUCUUCUUGCGAAAGGCAGAGGAAGCAAUGA